AUUCUUGAGAUAUAAUUGAUGUGUUUUGAGUCAAUGUAGUGUCCUGACGUGUACAUUUGCUUGUAAACAUUAUUUAAUUUCACGUUAUUUAUCAAGAAAAGUUCGUGUUGUAGAUUUCAUAUCAGAGUAUGUAUCACGAUUAUUACUGCUAAAAAGAAGAAGAAAACACUCAAAGAGAUCAGUCGACAGCUGAGAUUAAUGUAAGCAGUCCGCAUCUCUAUGAGACAAAAAAAAUGUGAGCAGGAAUAAUAUUGUUCAACUGAAAUGAUCCGAAAGGUUCAACCACAUUUUUAAUGUUAGCUUAAUUUUUCCGAAAGUCUGUGAUUCUGUUUUAUAUGAAGCAUACAUGGUAGAUUCCUAAUACGUUUUUCUUGCGUUUGUGAUUAUGUCGAAUAACCUCGAAAUAGCAUGUGACAUGUAACGAACACAUUGUGUGCUUUGAUGCGAUAGUCUGUGACAAAUGAUUGUAGCGAGUUGAGCAUAUUGCCGUGCGCGACCCUUGCUCUGGGGCGGAACAGCUGAUAAGUCAGACACUGUGAAACUAGUGCCCUGUUGAAGUGUUUCUUUUUUUUUUGCCAAGUACUAUUGGAAAGAACAUUGCUCAUUCAAAAUGAAGAAAAAGGUUUUGUUAAUGGGGAAGAGUGGGUCGGGUAAAACAAGUAUGCGCAGUAUCAUAUUUGCAAAUUAUAUUGCCCGAGAUACCCACCGUCUAGGAGCAACAAUUGAUGUAGAACAUUCUCAUGUUCGUUUCCUUGGCAAUUUGGUGUUGAACUUGUGGGACUGCGGAGGUCAAGAGGCUUUUAUGGAGAAUUAUUUUGCAUCACAGCGGGAUAACAUAUUCAGAAAUGUAGAGGUGUUAAUUUACGUCUUUGAUGUAGAAUCGAGGGAAUUAGACAAAGAUAUGCAUUAUUAUCAGAGCUGUUUGGAAGCGAUACUGCAAAAUAGUCCAGAAGCAAAGAUAUUUUGCCUUGUUCACAAAAUGGACCUUGUACAAGAAGACCAACGCGACUUUAUAUUCAGGGAGAGAGAGGAAGAUUUGAAAAGACUGAGUUUGCCAUUAGAAUGCACUUGCUUCAGAACGAGUAUAUGGGACGAAACAUUAUAUAGGGCGUGGUCUUCCAUUGUGUACAUGUUGAUUCCCAAUGUGAAAGAACUUGAACAGAGUCUGAACCAGUUCGCUAAUAUUAUUGAUGCUGAUGAAGUUCUUCUAUUCGAAAGAGCGACCUUUUUAGUAAUAAGUCAUUGUCAACGACAAUUUCACAGGGAUGUUCACCGUUUCGAGAAGGUCUCUAAUAUAAUAAAGCAAUUCAAACUAAGUUGCAGUAAGUUAGCGGCGCAGUUUCAGAGUAUGGAAGUGAGAAACACCAAUUUCGCGGCCUUUAUCGACAUAUUUACUUCGAAUACGUACGUGAUGGUUAUCAUGUCGGAUCCAACUAUACCAUCCGCAGCAACGUUGAUCAACAUACGCAAUGCCCGAAAACACUUCGAAAAGUUGGAACGUGCCAGUCAAAGUUCAGCAUUGAGUAGAUAGAAGUCGGCGCGACCCAGGCGCCUCGUCACCCGGGUCCAACCUGUUAAUAACUGUUGAAUUUAUUACAAAUGGAAGUUCUGCACCAUGUCGUUGAAAUGGUGAGGCAUGACAACGAGGAUAUGAUCGUUUGUUGAUGAAACUGGGUCACAAAGUAACUUUAACACACGGCUUUCAACGUGAGCGUUUAUGACAACGUAAUUGUAUAAUGUCUGAAGGAGAGACGGCUAUAUCGAUAUUUGACAUCGUUUAUUAGAUCUGUAAUAAUGCAGUUAUUUAAUUUGUGUUACAUGUAUAUACAUGUUGCGUGAUCAUAAAGCAUCUGUAAUUUAUCGAUGUGUAUGACUGCGUAUACGUGACUGAUAUUGUUCCAUGCUGUAUUCCGACUUCUGACUUGCCCGUGAUACGAAUUCUUGAUUGCGAUUGAACAUUCAACUGUUAGUAAUAAAUAAAAUAAAUAUAAUUGCAGCCAUA